AGGAGGAUUGGAGGGUUGAUGUGUAGCCGGCGAUAAGCGCUAACAGGCCGAUUGCAUUGCAUCAUAAGUUAGCUCUGUUGUUGCCUGAUGCUUCUUUCUGCCUCCCCCACUUCCCCCGGUAACAACCAUGGAUUCCUCAAUUCUAGAACCGAGCCAGCCCGUCGCAUCCGACGAAGUCGCCAUGGCUGCUGUGCGGGACCUGACAGACUCGAUCAAAGCUCUGAUCAAAUUGAUCGACCAGGCGAAUGAGAGACGCGAUCCGAGCAGAGUUCGAGAACAAGCCAGACAGAAUGAUCCGAUUCUCAGCGCACUCAACGAGGAGAUCCAGAAUGGACGGCCCAAGCAUGCUCCUCCAUCAAAACCAGUGCAGUUGAUGUCACCGGAGGAGAUUGAUGCAGAGAAUGAGGCUAACAUGGCGGAAUAUACGGACUUCUGGAAGGAGCACAAAUCCACACCCGCAGAAAGGCAAACCAUGGAGAGUGCGUACGAAGCGGCGUUUGAUCAGUUUCCUACCAUCUACCGCACGCUCGGAUGGCAUGGAAACGACGACAUCCUGUUCGAUGCCAAAGUCCUCUCCCGCUACCGUGACACGCUCCUGGAAGGGCUCUUCGCCAUCGAACCUCAUCGGAUGAACCGCAUUUUUGGCCCACUGGACACCUCGAGAGCAGCAUUCGAAUACUCUCGCCUCCCUCGCCUGCUUUCGAUUCUUGUUCGCAUGGAAGCUCGACGGAAUGAUGCCCUCGAAUGCCGAGAUGGCGUAUGUGUUGACUGUCGCUACUUUGAUGCCGACCAAACGCUCCGGGUGUUGAUCGAAGUCGGGCGGACACUGCGACUUUCCAGACUUGGCGGUCCCAAUGAAAUGACCCUCCAAGAACUCCUGGAUCGAUGCUAUGCUCGGCAUAUACUAUCACAGCCCGCCCCCGACAAGCCCGAGAUUCUUUGGUACCAACAUCAUCUUGUAUACGAUUGCCUGACGGCGUUGGAGUUCGAGUCCCAGUUCCGCGAGAUUCGAGACCCGCUAUCUCUCACGUUCUACCUCAGACACAAAGACGAGCCAAUUUACAAGAUUUUCGAAAUGGUCAAGUCUCAUCGCAGCGUGAUGAUAAGCAUAGAGCCGGUCAAAGAGCUUCCACUAGAUGAAGCUUCAAGCCCGACCUUUGCAGCGGAUACUUUCACAGUUCAGUACCUGCAAGACUUCGGUGGACUGAAUAUUGAAUGGACGGAUUGCCUGGAUGAUCAUCUGAAAAUCUUCGCCGGGCGGAAUGCGAUUCGGGUUUUCGCUCAUCCGACUUUUUUCUACAACGGCCGGGAUCUUCAGAAAAAGGACUACCUCGAUCCUAUCUACAAUGAGCUGUCCCAAACCUAUGCUCUAUUGUUCAGACCUUCGUCGAAUGGAGGCCUGGGGCAGUUGAGAAAGGUAAACAAAUCCGAAGAAGUUCCUUGGCCGGCUAGGAGGAUUGAAGUCAGCGAGCGACUUGGUACUAAGACAACACUACCUGGAACUUUCGAGAUCGAUGUGAGAAGGCCCUCGGUCAAACGCAUAUUGGAGAAUUUCCACCGCUGCUCUCUGCCACCGACAAUCCAGGCGGCGUUUGACAUCGCUGGUUCAGCCGCAAGGAUCAAGGGUGUUGGCUCUUUUGACCAGAAUAAGAUCACUCCCAAAUCCAUGCAAGAAAUCCACUCUCGCGCUCCGUAUUACCCGGAAGACAUCAAAUUCAUGAUCACUUCGAUCUUCCAGCAUGAUGUCCGUCCCAAUCAGGCUUUUUUACACUACGAGUACUUCGGUCCCCGCUUGCGAAGACUCAAAACAUAUCUUGACACACAACAGCCAAAAACACUCAAGCAAUUGUGGGUUGAUCGGAGAGAUGCUAGAGCGUGGUGGACAUUCUGGGGCGGCGCCUUUCUUUUACUGUUUCUGGUGCUUUCCGCUAUGAGUGCGGCUUUCCUAGCAGCAGUAGCCCGACGGCAUGGUUAGGCUCACGAUCCUUACGACGAACUUGGUCUUGAGUUAUUAUGGACUCAUAUGCUU